ACCGAACAGGUUUUCGUCUCUGCUCUCGAUGUACAUACAUAAAUAAAUAAAUAAAUAAACACGAAGUUGUAGAUAGUAGUGUAUGAUGGAACGUUAAUGUGAAACACGAAAUAUGUUAUUGUUAUUGUUAUUUAUAAUAAACUGUGAUCUUUAACUUACUCUAAAUUGAACUAAAACUAAACAGUAUUUUGUGUUAAUUACCAACUUGAAAUUUUAACGAAUUUGAUAUCACACAAACAAAUCACAAACCUAUGAUAUUUAUGAUGGACGUGCGUAUGUGUGUACGCACAUACAAAUAAAAGAAAGCCACGACUGCGGGCUUGAUGAAUAUACAUAUACACACACAUACAUGCAUACAUACAUACAUGCAUACAUAUACCGUAUAUUGUUUGUGAUGAAAUGAGCAUAAGCUUAGUGCGAGAUUUUGAACAGGGCGAGAGACAAGAUCGAACACGCAGCCGAUAGUUCAAGUUAUUUCUGUGUCAUUUGCGAUCUGAGGCCAUGUGGUAUAAAAAUGAAAAUACGUAAUGAAUCUGAAUACGUUGCGGCAACAUUCCAAAGUAUUUUCAACUGGAAUGAUGAUAUUCAAAUAGGAACCGAAAGGGCCAGAAAUGACGAGCUGCGAGAUGGCCUAACUGGAGUUUCUUCUUCUUAUACUACUCUUCUACUGUGGGAUACUUCUUGUUUUUGCCAUAAUGCAAUCGAUGCAGUACAAGCGAUACACUGUACAAAAUCGGGCACAUCUAAAUGGAGAAGAGCUCAAACAAAUCCACGCAUAGCCACAACAUUAUUUAGCUAUAUUUUGCAUAAAUUAACGCAAUUAUGUUUCGUCAUCAUUUUGUUAUUGCCAUUUCUGCUAACCUGCAAUACAUUGGUUCAACAAGUUAGCGGCCAGGAUGUUAUGAUCCCUCCUAUAUCGAUGCCAAUGACGAACUCCAAUCUAGAGCUCGAUCACAACAUAUUCAGGCCCAGCCCCUACCAUGGGCAGCUGCGAGGACCUAAAACAAAAAAGGAUUGCCAAGUUAGGCCCGCCGAUAGAAUAAUAAAAAGCAAGAGUCGCAUUUAUCCAUCUAAUCACCGCGGAUUACGCGGAUAUAGUGUAAUAAUUCUAAGUCAAUCUGAUAAUAAUCAAAAGAUAAGCCUAAAUAGAAGCCUAGAUGCACCAAAGUCAGCCGUGAUGGCAAACGGUUCCUCAAUCCGCCGCACCAAGCGAAACGUUCAUAUUGCCAAAAACGCGCAAGUUCGUGAGAUUCAAAAACGUCAACAUGAUGCUGACAGCCAAAAAUUAGAAGAAGUCGCCUUUGAGAAAUACAAAGAUAAUCACCAUAUGUACAACAGAAUUAUUAACAAAGAGAAACUUACCAAACUAAUUAUGAAGGGACUUGGAUUAAAAAAAUUACCGGAUAUGAAAAAGGCGAACAUAAGCCAAUUAGAAUACUCUAGCAAAUACAUUGAAUACUUGGAACGCUUAAGGAGAAACCAUGGAGUGAAGAACGCCAUGGAGCAGCUCUAUUCUUCAGGACCUCCACCGACAACCCUUCAGAUUCUAAGCAUUGUAACAAAUAGGUUUAAUGACAUAAGCCAAAGGCGCGGCCGCCAGAGACGAGCAAUGAGGAGCGAAGCGAAGAAUCGGGAAAGAAAAACCAAAACCUUUAAAAGGGCAAAUGAAUUUGGGACAAACAUUCUGCUGCAUUUCCCUUUGGCCAUCAACGAUGCCAACGAUGCCGAUUUCCAUUACGAGAAACUGGAUGAGGCGAACGUAAGGCUAAUGAUGCUCUACAAUCCGGCGUUGGCGGCGGCGCAAACACAUCAUAGUAGAACCAGACAAAAUCCGUUGAGGAGCAAGGCCAGCUGCGAUACGGAUGAUGCGAAUCCACAUCCACACAGUCCUCCAAGCCGGCCCAAAGUCCGGAGCCACAUAUUAAACCUGAAGGUUUAUCAGCUGCUGCCAAUGCACAAACGCCGUCAAUUGGAUGCACGUCGGAUUGAAUUCGAGAAUCCGAAUUUCGGCAGCCGGAAUGAGGAGACCCGCAGUCAAUGGCUGGAAUUCGAUGUAACCGACGCGGUGCGGGGCUGGCUGAACAAGAGCCACGAGAAUCUCGGCAUUGAGAUUCACUGCGACAAGUGCAGGCGGAUCGGUGCUCGCAUUCUCAGUGAUGUUGCCACGCCCACACAGGAGGAGGCGGAGGAGGAGGAUCGGUUUCAUCUGGCGCCGGUUUUGAACAUUAUCGGACAUAUUGGGCGCACGCACCGCGAGAAGGGAGUUCAAUCCUUUGGCUUGGCCAACAACAACAAUCACAGCAGCUCUCAGUUCUAUCAUCAUAAUCAGAAGAAUCAGCAGGUGAAGAAGUGGCCAAAUAGUUGCUAUAAGACGCAUCAACGUUGCUGCCGACACCAGCUGGAUGUGGCCUUCAAGGACAUCAAGGGAUUCGAGUUCAUAAUUCAGCCAAAAGUAUUCGAUGCCGGCUACUGCCGUGGUCGCUGCCCGCCCAGGCACAAUCCCGCCCAUCACCACGCCCUCCUGCAAAGCCUUAUCUGGCAACAGGACCACAAUCGUGCUCCCCGACCAUGCUGUGCCCCGUCCAAGCUGACCGAACUGGAGAUCUUGCACGUGGACGAGGAGCACAGCGAUAAGCUCAAAAUAUCAACCUGGAGCGAUAUGCAGGUCCUGGAAUGCGCUUGUUCAUAGAAUUUAUGAUGUCCCUAAUAUACAAUAAUUCUCCGAGCAGAUAGAGAAAGUUCGAAUUAAGUUUUAGAUCGUAAUUGAAUUAUUUUACAAUAUGCCCCCAGUCUAAAAAUAUGUUUAAGAUGCGUAUCUCCCCCCACCUUAAAUAAUAUAUAUAUAUAUAUAUAUAUAUAGUAUAGUCAAUUUUAGCCGUGUCUUAUAGUCCGACUGUCUGCCUAGAGGCUUCAAGUUCUGAAUGAAGCUAAGAAUCCUGAAACAAGAUCCCAAAACAAGUCGUUUAUCCUAACUUCCUAACUUCAUUCUAUGAUAUCGAUAUCCAUCGUUUUAUCGAUUAUUUGUCGAUAAUAAUCGAUUUUCAAACUUGGCUAUCUGGAUAUAUAUGCAAGUAUGUUCUUCAAGAGUAUUUUAGCUUUGGGUACAUUCCUUCCUCCACUCUCCCUAAUAUUACAAAUCUGAUGAGGCUACCUUUUUUUUUUGGAUAUAGCUUAGAUUGAGUAGAUGGAGAGUUCCAAAUGAUUCGGGCUUAAAUCUAUUUAGUAUUGCCUGAGAAAUCGAUUUCCGGUUAAUUUGUCGAACUAGUUCAAAUAUUGAGCCAUUAUUAAAGUUUUUAUUAUAAUAUAACUCACUUGGAUCUUAUUUAUCUACAGGAUUUCAACUAAUUACACAAAUCUUUUAUGAUUAAAUAUACUUUGCAGAGCUGCGUUCAGGCCUCUCUCCUAGUCGGACAUUCUCGACUUGAGGACUAAUUUGUUUUAAGAUAAAUAAAUGUACAUAAAACAAAAUACAUGAACCACUAUAAAAUGCACUUGAAGCCAUAUUUAACUUUGAUUUUUAACUACGUUUAAUGUGUAGAAUGGUUUUUUCUAUGCAUUUCAAGUCUGAUCUUUAUACAUAUAUAAUAUUAUAUAUAUAUAUUUUUUACUUAUUUUGUAGAACGUACUCGAAAAUGAUCAACUACUUUUAGAAGAUUACAAAAAAAUUUUUCUGUCAAUCAACAAUAGAAAAUACAAUUUUUUGAUCUGUUUUGUGUAA